AUGGAUGCUGUUCUGACGCGGAUGAGCUGGACCGUCGGCCAAGCCAUGCUCGGCACCGAGCAUGUUGUGGGACCUUCGGCGGCUAUCGAAACGAUCGUAUCCUCCUUCCCGAGCAGGUGUAGGAAAUGGAGUAUUAAAGAAGAUGUAAUUAGAGGAACCCUCGGCAAAAGGAACCCUCGGCCACGGUUGCUGACCCUCGGCCACGUUGUUGAUGGAUCAGGAUUGAUGGCUCGAUCAAUAACCUUUGAGAAUUCAGCUCCACCACCCAAAAGUCAUCAAGCUGUUGCUCUGACCAAUAACGCCAAUCACUCCGCAUUCUAUCAGUGUGUUUUCUUGGGUUACCAAGACACUCUAUUGGCAAACCACAAUCGACAAUUUUACAAGGACUGUGAUAUCUACGGUAGCGUAGAUUUUGUUUGGGGUUAUGCGAAAGCAGUGUUUCAGGAUUGCCGCUUAUACGCACGCCGAAUCGGCUCCGAUGGCAACAUGGUUACUGCUCAGGGGAAGUAUAGCCCAACCUUGGAUAGUGGAUUUUCAUUCCAAAACUGUAAGGUUACCGUUGACCCUAAUCUAGCACUGCAUAAGAGUGAAGUGUCAGUUGUCCUUGGUCGGCCGUGGAUGGAUUACGCUACGGUCGUGUUCAUGGAGUCAUUCCUGGACACUAUCGUCAAACCAGCAGGGUGGUCGAUCAGAUGGGAUAACAUACCCAAACCCCAUAUAUUCUAUGCAGAGUAUAAUAACUCGGGUCCAGGUGCAAACACAAGUGGAAGGGUCAAAUGGCCAGGGUAUAGAGUGCUCACAAGUGCCGCUGAAGCUAUCCCUUUUACGGUUUCGAAGUUCAUAGACGGAGAUUCUUGGAUACCAGAAACGGGUAUACCAUAUCAGGGUGGUUUAAAUGCGUGA